GCUCCUCUUGUUCUGCGUCUCGGCUCCAGAACAAAAGACGCGGCCCCACGCGGAGGAGGAUACCUUCCACCGCUGGCUUCUUCUUCUUCUUCCUCCGAUUCCAAGCCUUGCGUCGCACGAAAUCCGACCGCGCUCCCAUCCUUUCCCAUAAAGCUCUCCCUUUGGAACGAAAUCGAGAAGCAGCCGAAUCUCUCUGACCUCGGUGUUCUCGAGGAAGUGCAAAAAGGAUGGGCAUAGAAUAGGGCUAUUUGGGGAGAGAAGAGGAGGUAUGGAGAUUGAAAAGAUGGGCAGAGUAUAGGAUGAGGGUAGUUUGGAUGAAGGAGAUGAUAAGAAGAAAGGUGAAACAUAAAGAAGAAGUGGAAAUUGUGAUGGAUGCUGGAGGAAGGGAGGGAAGGAAGAUGAGAGUAGGGUGAUGGAAGAGGGGAAGAAGGGAGUUCCCAUGAUAAGAGGAUAUGGUUGGGUAUCAUGGUUCGUUCAUUAGGAAGGUUUCUUUCUUGAAGGUACUAUAGUUUAACACUACAAUGGCAGCUUUACCGUUGGCCACUGCUGAGGUUUGUGAUGCAAACGCACACCUAAUCCAAAAUGGUGAGCUUCGAGCACUUCAACCGAUCUUCCAGAUCUAUGGCCGGCGGCAGGUUUUUGCUGGUCCCAUUGUCACUCUCAAGGUUUUUGAGGACAACGUUCUUGUGAGGGAAUUCCUUGAGGAGAAAGGUAAUGGUAGAGUUUUGGUUGUGGACGGUGGCGGAAGCAUGCGCUGUGCUAUAUUGGGUGGCAACCCUGUUCAACAAGCUCAGAACAAUGGAUGGGCUGGUAUAGUGGUCAAUGGCUGCAUAAGGGAUGUUGAUGAGAUCAAUGGUUGCGAUAUUGGGGUAAGAGCUUUAGCUUCGCAUCCGAUGAAAGCCAACAAGAAGGGAUUCGGAGAAAAGCAUGUGCCGGUGAAUAUUGCUGGAACGAGGAUAUGUGAUGGUGAGUGGCUUUAUGCAGAUAGUGAUGGAAUUCUUGUUUCUAGGAUGGAGUUGACUGUUUAAACUUCCAAGUAUAACAAUGUGUCAUGUCUCUGUAUCAGCUUUUGUUGCCUUCUACCAAUUCUGCCCCAUAUAUCUACCACUUGCUGCAUAUCUGAACUUUAUUUCAUAUUUAUAUCGAAAUGCAAAGACCUUCUAUUGAUAAUAAUUGAUGAGUGUAUCA